CCGUCCCACGCAGGGUCCCGGAUGGUCGAGCUCCCAGGAGGGGACUCAAGGAUCGAACGAUCUCACGAGUUUGACAGGUUGAUUGUGAUUGAGGGGAGCGGCAUUCAUUUCUCGCGUGGCAGCUCGGGUCCAUCAACGACUAUGCCCCUACUCAAACUGGCCGAUGAGUGUGUGUGGGACGUGCAUUACCUCAUCGCCUUAUGAAAUCCCCAAGGAGACGGGGGGGGGAAAUAAACACUGAUGGGCCACGCUAAACAUAAGAGUUCAAUAUGUGUUUCCUUGCUGAUCUAUAAGUAUGAAUUGGCCGGUGGACAAGUCAGAAUUCUGCCUACCGGUUUUUUUGGGUGGCAUCCAACUCAGAGGGACCCUUCAACGUUGGCAGACAACAAAGUAGCCUAUGAGUCAGGCCCACAGACUAAGCGGGAAUGGAGGGGGAUGGACUUUGUGCGCGGUUG